AAGACACUGAUGAGAGAAGUCGUCGCCUUCCUCUAAUUAGUCUCUAAAUCCGAUCCAGAUCCCAAAUCCAAAUCCUCUUCUUCAUCUUCUCCGAUCUGGAUCUCCCAAAAAACCUCCCCCAAACAAUGUCGUCCUCUCGAUUCGAUUCAAGCAAACAAUUAACAACAAGCAGUCUCGUAAUCGGGUACGCACUCUGCUCAAGCCUCCUCGCCGUCAUCAACAAAUUAGCAAUCACAUACUUCAACUACCCAGGUCUUCUCACAGCUCUCCAAUACCUAACCUGCACCGUCGCCGUCUGGCUUCUCGGCAAAUCAGGGCUUAUCAAUCACGAUCCAUUCACAUGGGACACUGCUAAGAAAUUUCUCCCUGCAGCUAUCGUCUUCUACCUCGCCAUCUUCACAAACACAAACCUCCUCCGUCACGCUAAUGUCGAUACUUUCAUUGUCUUCCGAUCUCUAACGCCGCUCUUAGUCGCGAUCGCUGAUACUGUGUUUCGUAGUCAGCCUUUACCUUCAAGGCUUACGUUUUUGUCUCUAUUCGUGAUCCUCGCUGGUGCUGUUGGGUAUGUUGCAACUGACUCGUCUUUUACUCUCACGGCUUAUUCCUGGGCUUUGGCUUAUCUUGUUACCAUUACUACUGAAAUGGUUUACAUUAAGCAUAUGGUGUCAAGUAUUAAAUUGAACAUUUGGGGAUUGGUUCUCUACAACAAUCUAUUGUCUUUGAUGAUAGCACCGAUAUUCUGGUUUCUUACUGGAGAAUACACCGAUGUUUUCGCUGCGUUGGGUGAGAAUCGAGGGAAUUUGUUUGAGCCUUAUGCGUUUUCCGCUGUGGCUGCGUCGUGUGUGUUUGGUUUCCUUAUCAGCUACUUUGGAUUUGCUGCUAGGAAUGCUAUCUCUGCUACUGCUUUUACUGUCACUGGUGUUGUUAACAAGUUCUUGACUGUUGUCAUCAAUGUUUUGAUUUGGGAUAAGCAUGCCACUCCUGUUGGUUUGGUUUGUCUACUAUUUACUAUCUGUGGAGGAGUUGGUUAUCAGCAGUCUGUCAAAUUGGAUAAACCCACCGAGAAGGUCAGCGAGAAAGACAGCGAGAAGGGCGAGGAAGAUGAAGAGUUGUCGCCGUUGAAUCCGGGAAAACUAGCUUCUGUUGUAUGAGAGAAGUGUCAUUGUUUUGCAGCCUGUUUCAGGUGUGUAGCAAUUGAUUUCGGAUUUUGAAUAUCUUAGCCUUUUUUUUUUAACAUUUAAAGAGGUUUCUAGUAAAAGUGAACACCUUUU